AUGCACAAAACCCUUCCUGGUCCUCAGGCCGCCCAACAAUCCAGGACCAUUCCUAUCAAUACACUGAAUACCCCUAAUAACGGCAACAUCGACGUUAUAGUUACUCCUCAGAGCAGAACAAAGGCAAAACACGUCGAGGAAGUUAUCAUCAACCGUGUUAAGUAUCAAGUCCCCGAAAACAUCAUCAUCUUGGAUUUUUGGGCCAAACUGGGUCAAAGCCAAGCAGUGCCCCACACAGAAGUCCUAGACCUGCCUCUGGCCCCUCCCAUCAACCAAGCUUCCACUUCCGCCUCAGCUUUGUCAAAGAAUGCAAGGGUAGCACAAGCAUCCAACUUUUCACGGGAAGAUGUCGGAUCCAGCUCCUCAUCAUCAGAUACCCACAUCCCCCUGUCUUCUUUGCCUCCGCCACCGCGUCCCUCUUCAAGCACGAUUCCACAGGCAGCUCGCUCUGACUUGUCCUGCCUUCUACAGGCCGCUCAACAAGUCAAUGAAGCGCCCAGAAGUCAACCGUCAGAAGGCUUGGCUCUCCUCGGAAACGCCGCAUCCCUCCAGUCACCACUCACAUCAAACUUGCGCAAGAGUCACAAGAAAAAAGAUAUUGGUCAACCUCAGCGCACUCGGACUCGUGGCUCUGCUCGGUUAUCAAAGUCGACUUCGACCCCCUCUGAAACUCCCGAUAUCGAAACUGCAGCACAGAAACCAAAUACACCUGGUCAACCCCUCGCGCCUAGCUUGAAAAUACCGCCCACAACAUCCUCAGCUAGCUCAAAACAUGUUGACUCAACCAAACCUUCGAAUAGUUCAUCGCCUCCCGUCAACCUGCAUUUGCAACCUCACGCAUCCGAAGGCCCCAACCCAUCCCUUCGGAAGAGAAAGAAACGUUCCCCAGCUCAUUCACCGUCAUCUACAACCCCUACUGAUCUAGCAGCAACUGAAACAAGCUUAAACAGCACCCGGCCUGCAAACAAAGAUGCUUCGCAUGUGCAAGAAACAAGCUUAAACACCAUUCGGCCUCCAAACAAAGAUGCCUCGCAUGUGCAAAGUACCACAGCAAUCAAUGGUGUUAUUCCGAAGAUGCCGAUCACCGUUCAGACUGUAAAGCCUGACGCUCCGCGUCCCCAUACAACCACAACGGCUGGCGUUGCGAGGCCCAACAAUACCGCUUCAAAAAACCCAACUGCAGACAAGACUAAACUACCCUCGAAUUCCCAGGGAUCGAAGGAUCAAUCUAUCCAAGCGCGUGUGUCGUCAGCAGGUAGCCUCAAUAAACAAAUUCAAUCUGAAUCGGCUGCCGCAACAUCAAACAAUCACCAAUCCCCUCUAGUCCCUCCUAAGACAUCCACGGGCAUCAAAACACCAAACCCCAACACCACAAGUCAACAUGUUCCAAAAGCUUUGCCCAACCUACCUAUGGCUUGCUAUAACUCUUUUGCGCAACUCAUUGACCUCCGGCAGAUUAGAACCUCCUCGGCUAACGGUAAAAAAGCUGCGUCGACAUUUACCGCCACUCCAUCCUUCCAAUCGUUUAACUCAGCGACAUCAAGUUUACAUCAGAAGACUUCUUUGGGUCAACUCCCAAAAUCCACUCUCCCUAGACAAAGUACCUCGGCUACGACCACCCCUCACGUUCCAUUUGACCUAAGAGAGAAAAACACAGCAGCUAGUGACACCGGCAGCGUUACUCGUCCUCCACGAAAAAGGACUCGCCGGAACCAUCCUGACCCACUUUCCCAGUCAACCAACUCAACCCACCCUUCAAACCCUGCCGAAUCGCCCACCGUUGCGCUUAGUACUCUGUCGAUCUCUCAGCCAUUUUCCAGCACCUCCAAUACAUCACAGACGUAUGGCAUGAGCGUUGACCCAUCACUUAGCAAGGCCACAGCCAACCGGGGGGAUGUUCCAGGGCGGACAACCAUCAACCGGGGACAAAAACCUGGGAAGGCUCCGCCGAACAAGGCUGAAAAUUCUUUGUUGACGUCAGAGGCGCCUGGCUUGAAAGCAACAGCAAGCGGCUCAGCCACUGUUGUACAAUCGAAACACCGUGACCCGGCAAUACACGUGUCACAUCCGACGGCAUCAUCAGCUUCCGGCAGUAUACCUCUUCCCACAUCCAUGGGCCCUCAAGACACUCUGAAAAGAAGCGCUCUAGUGACCGCUGCUGCAUUUGAUAAAUCCUCCGGGACCGGCAAGUCUGCGCAGAGGCACGUAGCCCCUGAUCUCAUGUCGCAGUCUGCCCCGCAAUCAGCCCGACUGCCAAACGAUACUGGCAAUUCUUCACCUUCGACUUCGACUCCGAAGACAAAAGCGAAACGCAAGAAAUCGGUCAAGAACCCAAGCCCUCUAUCGCACCUUGAUCAAAAGCAACCAGCUGAGGAAGGGCAACGCAACCUUUCGCUCUUGUCUCGUGACAGUGCUUCGGAAGCUGCGGAUGCUAUUCUGCUCGACCCUCGUCUUACCGCAUCCACAACAAACUAUGAAAUGCCUAAGGCACCCAAGCCAGCAUCCAAGCCAACUAGCUCUGUUGAAGGCUCGGCAAACCUGAAUGCUAAGAUCUCGAUUGCGCUUGCUAGAUUUGAGAACGACCAGGGCCAGCUACCUGUCUCCACAGUUCCUGCAAAGGUCCCUCCGCGCAAAAAAAUCAAGAGGAAGAGUGCUCCAGCUACCGGCAGUACCUGCUCAUCCGGCGACCCUCCUUCCAUGACACGCGGGACUCCUUCGAUCGAAAGCACAUUGCCACCUCCCUCAACAUCACUGAGUAAAUCUUCUCUACGUCCUGCUGCCGCCGCGUUCGUCCCACACCCGCAACACCCACAACAGUCCUACGCACCUUCUGCGCCAUUGCUCAGCCAAUCUUCCACACGUCCUGCUGCCGCCGCGUUCGUCCCACACCCACAAAACCCCAUGACCCUUGUCCCCCAACCCCAACGGGUGUGCCCCGUGAUCGGCCAUCCCAAUACCCUUGCCUUCGUCCCACACCCGCAAAACGGCCCGGGCCCGUUUUCCGGAUCCGGCCUGCCCUACGUGCCCCACCCGCAGUACCCAGGAACAAUGCGCAAGUCGGGCUCGUCCUCAUUCGUUCUCAGCAGCCGGAAGCUUUCUCACGAAGGCCCGAGUUCCCAGAGCCAGUCCCGGCGCGGGAGCCUGACUGUCCAUGGUUCCAGUCCGCCCCUGCUCGCAGCAACCGCCUCCCCCGGCACCGCCCUGCCCAACGAAUCCAAGUUCGCCGGCGACGCCAGUCGCCCUUCGUCGGCCGUUGGAAGCCAUUCCAUCUCGACUCCUCGCGAGAGCGUUUUCAUCCCGUUGCCGCUCACCAAGCCUGUAAAGACCCCGGACUCGUCAUCAUCUUGGAAAUAA